ACUCCCGGAAGCAACACCGCGCGGGACCGGGAGAGGCGGAGGUGGCACCGGGAGAGGCGGAAGCGGAAGCGGCGGCACCAGGACCAGGACCAGGACCAGGACCGGGAGAGACCGAGGCGGCGACGGCGGCGGCACCAAGACUGAGGGAGGCCGAGGCGGCGGCGGCACCGGCACCAGCACCAGGACCAGGACCGGGAGAGGCCGAGGCGGCGGCGGCACCAGGACCGGGAGAGGCCCAGGCGGCGGGCUCUAGGUUCCGGUAGACACUCCCCGUGCGGGCCGGCCCGCCCCAGCCAUGGCCCCGCUGUGGUUGCUGCUGCCGAUCCCGCUGCUCUUGCCGCUCCUGUGGCUACUGAGCUCCGGAUUCCGCUAUUACUGCAAGAUGGGCUUUUAUUAUUCCUGGAUCAUGGCGCUGGCCGUCCCGGUCAUCCCGCUCUGUCUCUGGAGAGGCCGCGAUGUGGAGAACAUGAAAUUGGUCCGUAGUGUGUUGCAGCACAUCAAGAAUUUGUAUGGAGUUAAACUUGAAGUGAAGGGGUUGGAAAAUCUGGAUGCCAAGGGUCCGUAUGUUAUCAUCUCCAAUCACCAGAGCUCCCUGGAUCUGAUGGGUAUGAUGGAGAUUCUCCCUGAUCGUUGUGUUGCGAUUGCGAAGAAGGAGCUGAUGUACGCUGGGACAGUUGGGCUGGUAUGCUGGCUUGCUGGCAUCAUCUUCAUCAACCGGCAGAAAAAAACUGAUGCCAAAAGUGUGAUGACUGAGGCUGCUCAGACCAUGCUGAAAGAGAAUAUCAGAUUGUGGGUGUUUCCAGAAGGGACCAGGAACCAUGAUGGUAACAUGCUGCCUUUUAAACGAGGAGCUUUCCAUUUGGCCGUGCAGGCACAGGUCCCAAUUAUCCCAGUGGUGUUCUCCUCUUACAAUGACUUCUACAACAGGGCAGAGAAAAGGUUCACCUCUGGCAAGUGUACAGUUCAGGUUCUUCCUCCAGUGGAAACAUGUGGUCUGACAACAGACGAUGUGCCAGAGCUAACAGAGAGAGCACGGAAUCUGCUAAUGACCACGUGGAAUGAAAUCUCUGCUCCUAUCCUCAAAGUGCGUGGAGCCCAGUGAAGUCACCGUUCACCGAUCUGUUCAUGGAGUGUUUGCGUCAGUCAUGUUUGUGCUGAAGUCGAUACAGAUGCUUCAGAUCGUGUAAUAAGAGGUUUACACUAAAUGGAUUUUCAUGAAAUAUUAGGAAUUCCUCACUGAUCAGCAAGAUGCUGUCACUUGCAGCAUGUGGUAGUCUCUUGCUGGACAGCAUGGGCAAGGGAUCCCAACCAAUGGAUUUAGCGCCUGAGGCGGGAUCUCUUGCUUGUAAGUAAUAGGAAGAAGGCAGAUGCUCUGUGAACUGUUUAACUGCUGUCAGUUCUACUAGCCAGGUGCUCCCUCACUCAGGCUGUUUAUCGUUCAUAAUCUGAAUACAGUUGUCUUCCUUUUGUGUCCAUAAACAAAUUUCCAAUGCCAGAGGUUGAUCACAUGUAGAUUGAGGAACUAGACUGAGGACUAUUGCUGCCAUUUACAAUUGUGCACCAUGACAUUAAUAAAUUAGCACUCCACAAUGACCAUAAGCCUGAUCAGUCAGACUUCAAAACACCAGGAUUUUUGUUUUAGAACUAGAUAAUUUUUGUGUGGAGACAGAGGCCAUUUACACAUUCCACAUCCUUUCCUGAGCAGGCCUCAAUUCAAUUUCCUAUUUCAUUUGCUGCUUAUCCAGGGAAUUAGUGAGUGUUGCUACCUACCUUGCUGUAAGUAAGGCAGAGUUACUGCUCCAAUCCGUACUUGCCUUGAUCCUAUCAAUAUUGAUCAAACGCUUUCAUCCAAAUGUAUUUCAAUUGUUGAAUUAGGUAUAAUGUAUUUGUUGAGGUGAAGAUGUCUUGAGCUCCACAGGAGGCAAUUUCCCACCAUUGAGAUAGUUGCUGUUUGCAUUACUGAUGAGCUAAAGUCUGAGUUUCAGCACCAGGGUUGGGAUCUGAUGUCAAUUACAAGUUUCAGUAUUUAUAACAAUCUAAAUGUACAGAAUUUAACCUGCAGUAAAUGUGUGCAAACUAGACACUACAACAUUUAUGGCACUAGAAAUGAACACUGUCCCCUCUCCCCAAUCUAGUGACAGGCCAAAUAAUGUGGAGGCUACUUGGCCUGUAAUGGUGACUCCAAAUAUCAGUGUUUAGGGCCAUGAAUAUAUGUUCUGCAGCUUAUUUUUGCCGUAUUGCUUUUGAAUGUCUAUUUCUGUACCAUUCGCAAUUGUCUGGAUAAAAUAUUAAAUAAUGUUGCAUGUAAAUGUAAUUUGCAUUGCUUUGGGCUUUUAUGUGAGAAUAUUUGAUCCUUUUUAAAGUUGCCAUUUUCAAUCAAAUUUUGAAUAAAUAUUUAGCUACCAUAUCUCUUGCAUCUUCUCUCUCUUACACAUUAACUAUUUAGUUUUUGUCUUAAUUCUGUGACUGCGGGUUUCAUGAACAAUAAAUUAAUUUGGACAAUGAUGUUUCAAGAUUUGGGAGUAAUUAUAAAACAGUGAAAAGGAUUUUAUCAAAGAUUGUCGAAAUGUUGCCAUAAUUGAUGUAAAAUAAAAGACCAGCAGUGUUUCAAAA